CAUACGGGCCAGUUCGCCUUGACUGCAACGAAAACAAUUCCUCGCGCCUGCCUCUUAUUCCUUCCCUUUACUCGUCUCUUCCAUCAUUCAACACAACCAUCCAUUCCGUCAUUGUGUUGAUUGCUCCACUCACAACAGAGUAAAAGUCAUCGUCGCGCCGUGGUGCAGCGGAGCAAACGAUAGAUUUGGUGUUUUUCCCCAGCAAGUGCACCAACAAAUUUCCUCCGUGCACUAGUCGCACGGCUCUGUGAAGUACAAAUUCAGGUUGUCCCGGCCGCCAUGAUACUGCAGAAUCAUCUCGAGCACGGCGUGCGCGUUAAAGUGGGCCAGCACUUCGGAACGGUUCGAUACGUGGGCGAGGUGCCAAACACGGAAGGCGAAUGGAUUGGCAUCGAAUGGGACGAUCCGGAGCGGGGUAAACACUCGGGCUCGGUCAACGGGGUGCAGUACUUCCAGACGAGAUCUCCCAAGGCAGGCUCGAUGAUCCGCAGCGAGAAGCUCGCCAAAUUCCAAACGCUCGAGCAAGCCAUCACGGAGAAGUACAUCAGCACGGAGGACACGCUGCGGCUCGACUCGGAGAUGAUCCGGGCGGUGCAGAAGCAACUCCAUGCACCGCUGUUCGAGAUCGUCGGCAUGGAGAAGGUGGGCGGUAAGCAGAGCAAUCUGCAGCAGCUGGUUGACGUCUCGGUGCGCUACUGUCCGGUGAAUGCGGCCGGCGAUCUGAGCAGCUUCGUCAACCUGCAGAUGCUGGACGUGUCGUCGACGCUCCUGUGGAACUGGACCGUCGUGGCGAGCAUUGCCGAGCAGAUACCGACCCUGCAGGAACUAAAUCUAUCGAACAACCGGUUUGUCGAUCCGUACGAGGAGCAGAUCAGCAUGUUGGCGCAGAAGUUUCAAAACAUUCGCAAAAUCAUUCUACGCAGCUGUGCGCUUGGAUCGUGGAGUGAGGUCGUACGGCUGGCACGCAUGUGGCCCGCGAUCGAGUACCUUUCGCUCGAGCAGAACGAGAUCGGGUACGUCGAGGACGAGGCACCGUACAUUGUAGCGCUCAGCCGGCUGAAGCAUCUGGAUCUGCAGAACAACUCGGUGUGUGACGUCGAGUCGGUACGCAAUCUGGGCAAACUGCCCGCCCUCGAGGAGCUGCUGCUGAACGGGAACGGUAUCCGGGAGGUGCGCUUCUCCGAGGACUGUCCGCACAACGAGAAGGUGGACCUGUUCCGGCAGCUGCGCACGAUCUAUCUGCGGGAAAAUCCGCUCCAGGACCAGUGCAGCACGUUCAACGAGCUCGAUAAGCUGGCCCGCCUCGAGCACGUCACGCUCGAUCCCGAUCCGUCCGUCAGCUACGAGGAGACGGUGGCCCGCAUCGUCGGCUCGAUCGCUGGCCUGCGCAUGUUCAACCGGUCCACGAUCAGCGAAAAGCUGCGCCGCGACUCCGAGUGCGACAUGUGGAAGCUGUACGCGAACCAGUGGGCGGAGGUGCGCAACGAUGCGCAGCGGCUGAAGGCGUUCUUCAAAUCGCACCGCAUGUAUCCGCGCGUGAUGGAGCGGCUGGGCAGUCCGGAGCAGUUUCUACCCGACACGCGCAAGGUUACGAACAUGAUCCAUCUGCAGCUGCUGAACGAAACGACGGCCGAGCGGCGGGACAAGAAGGUGCCGAAGCGCAUCAACCUGCACACGCUGCAGAAUCUGAUCGUGAAGCUGUUCGGGCUGCCGGACAGUACGUCCUCGCUGCGGCUGUACCUGCUCGACCGGAAGCGGAAGGUGCGCAUACCGCUCGAAAACCAUGGCAAAAGUUUGGACUUUUACUCGGUGGAGGACAACGAUACGAUCGUGUUUGAGUAGAUUGUCGAAUCUGUGUUGUUCUCUCGUGGCGUCUCUGACGCUGCAAACACUCCUUUCUGAUAGUCUGUUUUUGAUGUACCGUCUUUUUUUUACACAUAUAUGUUAUCUUUGCUCGUCACGUUUAAAUGCUGUUAAACACACUCACUCACUCAAAUUGUGUCCUGCGGUCGUUUAGCAGGAUGCGCUUACCGUUUUUAACGUAGAAUGCAAACGGUUCUUCUAUUCAAACAGCCCUUUUUUUAUUUAACUCUAAUAAAAAUGCGCGCACACACACAGCUGCUUAUUCAGUGUGAUGUGUAAGUUAUGUUUAAAACAGGA